GUACCAUCAGAGGGUACUGUACAUUGACAUAGAUAUCCACCAUGGAGACGGAGUGGAGGAGGCGUUUUAUACCACCGACAGGGUCAUGACGGUGUCCUUUCAUAAAUAUGGGGAGUACUUCCCAGGAACUGGAGACCUCAGGGAUAUUGGAGCUGGAAAAGGCAAAUACUACGCUGUCAACUUCCCACUGAGGGACGGCAUAGAUGAUGAGUCCUACGAGCAGAUCUUCAAGCCCGUGAUGGCGAAGGUGAUGGAGAUGUACCAGCCCAGCGCCGUGGUUCUCCAGUGUGGCUCGGACUCUCUUUCAGGGGACCGGCUAGGCUGCUUUAACCUCACCAUCCGAGGGCACGCCAAAUGUGUGGAGUACAUGAAGUCCUUCAACCUGCCCCUGCUGAUGCUCGGCGGGGGGGGGUACACCAUUCGGAACGUGGCCCGCUGCUGGACCUACGAGACCGCCGUGGCCCUGGACACAGAGAUCCCAGACGAACUGCCAUAUAACGACUACUUUGAAUACUUCGGACCUGACUUCAAGCUGCACAUCAGUCCGUCCAACAUGACCAACCAGAACACACAGGAAUACUUGGACAAGAUCAAGCAGCGGCUGUUUGAGAACCUGCGGAUGCUGCCCCACGCCCCGGGGGUCCAGAUGCAGGCCAUCCCAGAGGACGUCGUCCCCGACGACAAGCUGGACGAGGACACGGAGGACCCCGACAAGCGCCUGUCCAUCCGCGCCACGGACAAGAGGAUUUCCUGUGAAGAGGAGUUCUCCGACUCUGAGGACGAGGGGGAGGGAGGCCGCAGAAACUCGGCCAGUCACAAGAAGGGGGCCAAACGGCCAAAGGUGGAAGAAGAGCAGAAGGAGGAGGAGGAGAAGAAAGCUGGUCCAGGGAAAGCCUUUAGCCGCUCCCACUGGGAGCACGAGGACCCGCUGGGGUUCUGGCUGGAGGUGCUCAGAGGAGCCUCACAGAUCAGGGCAAAAGAGACUGUUUCAAUGUUCUUC